UACAUAACAGGGACAAUGUGCAGCAGGCGCUGGAGGCAGUGCACCGGGGAGGGACGAGCUGAAUGAACCGGAUCAGCUCUGAGCGCCGCGGGCAGAGGGAACUCUCAGGAUGGGGACAUGGGCUGCUCGGCUCCUGCUCACGCCGGUGCUGUUCUGCUCCCUGCCCGGCUGCGUCCUCCCCCACCCGCAGUGUCUGGACUUCAAGCCCCCGUUCCGCCCCCCGCAGGAGCUGACCUUCUGCGUGCAGUACAAGGAGUUCGGCUGCUGCGACUCCGCCCGGGACCGGGAGAUCAUGGACACCUUCUACCGGGUGAUGGGGCACAUGGACGAGGCUGGGUACGAGCUGUGCGCUGCCCAUGUGCAGGACAUACUGUGCCAGGAAUGUUCUCCAUACGCAGCUCAUUUGUACGAUGCUGAAGACCCCAACACCCCGGUGCGGAGCAUCGCUGGCCUUUGUGAGGACUACUGCGCGGAUGUCUGGAAAAAGUGCCGGUCUGUAUUCCGGCACAUCACGUCUGACAAAGAUUUGUUAGCCGUGGAAGGGAACAUGGUAAAGUUCUGUCGCCGACUGACUCUGGACGACGCAGACUACUGCUUCCCACGUUUGUUGGUAAAUACGAAGCUCAGCCAGAAUUUGGGCUUGGUGACGGCGGACUCGGAGGGUUGUCUGCAGCUGUGCUUGGAAGAGGUCGCCAAUGGUCUGCAGAAUCCCCUAGCCAUGGUCCACGCCAACGACGGCACUCACCGGUUCUUCGUGGCGGAACAAGUUGGCCUGGUGUGGGCCUAUCUCCCCGACCGCUCCAGGCUGGAACAACCAUUUUUAAACAUCUCUAAGGCCGUUCUCACCUCACCCUGGGAAGGAGACGAGCGGGGCUUUUUAGGAAUCGCUUUCCAUCCAAACUUUAAACACAGCGGCAAAGUCUAUGUUUACUACUCGGUGGAAAUCGGCUUUGAUGAAAUAAUCCGGAUCAGUGAGUUCAGAAUUUCCUCCCAUGACAUGAAUACUGUUGACCAUGGCUCAGAAAGGAUAAUCCUGGAGGUGGAGGAGCCGGCGUCCAACCACAAUGGCGGGGAGCUGCUGUUUGGGGAGGACGGCUAUCUGUACAUAUUCAUCGGGGAUGGAGGGAUGGCGGGUGAUCCGUUCGGGAAGUUUGGAAAUGCGCAGAACAAGUCCACGUUAUUAGGCAAAGUCCUGCGCAUUGAUGUCAACCACAACAACCACGGCCCCCUCUACCGAAUCCCGCCAGACAACCCGUUUGUCGAUGACCCAACCGCCAGGCCUGAAAUCUAUGCUUACGGGGUGAGGAACAUGUGGCGCUGCUCUUUUGAUAGGGGAGACCCCCAGACAAAGGAGGGGAGAGGACGCCUGUUCUGCGGAGAUGUAGGACAGAAUAAAUUUGAAGAAGUCGACAUUGUAGAGAGAGGAAAGAAUUAUGGCUGGAGAGCCAGGGAAGGAUUCAGCUGCUAUGAUAAAAAACUGUGCGCCAAUUCCUCACUAGAUGAUGUCCUCCCGAUUUUUGCCUAUCCCCAUAAGCUCGGGAAAUCGGUCACAGGCGGAUAUGUGUACAGAGGAUGUCAGCAUCCAAAUUUAAAUGGACUUUACAUAUUUGGAGAUUUUAUGAGUGGACGUUUGAUGGCUCUGAAGGAAAACGUGAAUACGGGGGAAUGGCAGUACCAUGAGAUCUGCAUGGGGACAGGGCAGACGUGCAUGUUCCCCAAUCUCAUUAAUAACUAUUACCAGUACAUCAUCUCUUUUGCGGAGGAUGAGUCGGGUGAACUCUACUUCAUGUCCACCGGCAUACCGAGUGCCACGUCCCCCUCCGGCGUCGUGUACAAGAUCGUGGAUACUUCAAGGAGGGCACCGCCCGGCAAAUGCCGCUACCAGCCAGUACCGGUCAAGACGAAAUCUGCCACUAUUCCGUUUGUAGCGAAAGAAAAAUUAAUCCUAAAAACCGCUCCCACUAAGCGUCAAAAGGUUAAGCCUACGUCAAAGCCUUCAGGGCGGCCCAGGGGUACUGCUCAGCCGCCUCCAAGUAUGACACCAGAUUGGGUGGAGCAGCUACUAAAGCUCAUGCAAGGUGAGAAAAAGCCUGUCCCCACCACCGCCAGGCCAACCUCAACAAAACCCCCAAAGCCAAAGAAAGGUGGUAAGAGCAGCGAGAAGAGAGGUAAUAGGAAGAAGAGUAAACAUGGCGGUGGAGAUUCCAAGCAAAGCUCUUCAGAAGUACGGAAUGGUGCGGUGCGGCUGGCAAAUGGCCAGAGACCUGACCGUGGGAGGGUGGAGAUCUUCAUCAAUGGAGAGUGGGGAACAGUUUGUGAUGACUUGUGGAACACCAAGGCGGCAACAGUGGUGUGUCGCCAGUUAGGGUUCCCAAUUGUUGUAAAAGCCGCCAAGCAAGGAGAGUUCGGGGAAGGACGGAAUCUUCGGAUCCUUCUCGAUGAUGUUGACUGUACCGGGAAGGAGAAGACACUACUGGACUGUAAACACAAGGAGAUCGGCAAACACAACUGUAAUCACCAAGAAGACGCUGGAGUAAUCUGUAGCCACAAAGAACAAUCAGAAAAUUGAUGGCAGUAAAGGUCCCAGAAGGUCCUAGUUAUACACCACAAAUAUUUUUUUAUUAAAAUACCAAUUUGAGCUAUUAGAGGAUGUUCCUAGGGUUUUGCACUAAUAAUGAUGGCACCAGUUUACAUCCUCUAAAUUAGCUGUAUAUAGUUAAACUAAUCUAUUUUUUUAAAUCAACAUGAUGUAAAUAUAAGAGACUUGGCUUUGAGCCUGUUCGUAGAAACGUACACACCCCAGAGGCUGCCAGUUUGUGGGCUGAACCAAUGUUCUUGAGAAUGUAGCUUAAUAAUUCACUAGAAAGAACCCAUUGAUGAUUGAACUAUUGAUGUUUUGCCCAUGCACAUUCGGAGCUUGAGUAUAGCGGGCACUCACCAUUGAGGAUGAGCCACAGAUGUUUCAUGUUGCCAUAAGAACAUCAGUAAUUGCUAACUAUCGAUGGUGGAUGGCCUGAUUCACAGUUGCAUGCAGUGUCGAUUUGUACAAGGAGAUGAGCUUUUUUUUUUUUUUUUUAUAUAUAUAGCUACUGCGCAUGCACAAACAAAAAUCUCUAAAAACACGUAUAGUGCAUGUGUGUACACAGAGUGUACGGACAAAGGCGCAGUUGAGAUAGAGGCGCACGGUAUCGGAAAUGUCUUGGAUAAGUAUUGGGCGGUGACUAGGGCAUGCUGAUGGUCCAUCGUAUGGACAAGUUAUGGAGCAUUGCAGGCAUGUUAGCAAGCUCUCAACCGCUUAUGUAGGAGGCCAAACACAGGAGUGGAAACUCAACCUGGUUUUGAUGGUGCGUAGGAGAGUAUGUCUAAAGACGCACCAGGCAGUAUUUAGGCUACUAUGAGCAUGGACAGUGAGCAUCUCACUCCUUGCACAGUCAUACACCUGAAUGUACACCAGGGAAGGUCUAGUUUACCAGUUCGCCUGUUGCCCUGAGCCUUGAACAUCUUGGAGCCUUAGGCAAUUUCUUACUCUCCGUGACCCUGAGUUGAUGAUGCGACUGACCAAUGAUAUUUAUGAGUUAGGGCGGGAUGUACUAACAGCAAAAUAAAGUCAAAACUGCUGUUUAGAGAUUUGACUACAUUUCCCAUAUGUAUCAAGCUCCGGAAAAUGGCUGGAAGUCCUCCUAUCGCAAUGGCCAGCUCUUGGCCCUAAUUCCGAGUUGAUCGCUCGCUAGCUGCUUUUAGCAGCAGUGCAAACGCUAAGCCGCCACCCUCUGGGAGUGUAUCUUAGCUUAGCAGAAGUGCGACCGAAAGGUUAGCAGAACUGCUCGAAAAUCUUUUCAUGCAGUUUCAGAGUAGCUGCAGACCUACUCCUACCUUGCGAUCUCUGCAGACUAUUUAGUUCCUGUUUUGACGUCACAUACACGCCCUGCGUUCGGCCAGCCACUCCCCCGUUUCCCCAGGCACGCCUGCGUUUUUUAGCACACUCCUGGAAAACGGUCAAUCACUCACCGAUCAGCAGAGCGACUAAAAAGCGUCGCUCGACCUUGUGUGAAACUGCAUAGUUUUGUGUGAAAGUACUUAGCACGUACGCACUGCGGCCCAUACGCAUGCGCUGAACAGCCGAUUUUUAGCCAGAUUGCUACGCUGCAAAAAACGGCAGCUAGCGAUCAACUCUGAAUGACCCCCCCUUAUCAGAAGACCUGUCCUUUGCUUUAAUUAUCACAAAUCCUCAGGCACACGGGUGCUAGUGAAUGCCGCUAUGUAUGCAGUAAAUGGUAGGAUGUUUCGCAUUCAAAUGCGACACGAGAUACAUCCCGCCCGUAGUGAACUGGCUGCAGUUUCAUUGUUCACAAAUUAAGGUACAACAUCGCUUAGAUUAAUUUUGUGCUUUUGUUAUUUUGGUGUUUAAUUAAGGUCUUUAAAAACAUUUUUUGGUAUAUUUUAAUUAACCGAUAUAUGGUAAAGCAUACCCAGGGCAAAAUGACAUUCAUAAUACUGGGCAAAGAAAUUAAGUGUAAUUAACUUUUUAAUUGGUUAAUGUCUUAAGUUAAAGAAAACACUUAUUUUUACAAAUGUUAAUAAUAUUGUGAUUUGAUUUCAAU